ACAAGCUUCAAUAGAAUUCAACUAGACAUAUAGUCAAGUUGACAAGUUGUUGUUAAGACUAAAGAAAAUGAUUUACCGAUGAUCAAACUAGAAACAUAUUAAGCCGGCAAAAGAGAAAAUACAAAUUGCAUGCACUUUGAAUAUUUGCUUGCUUGACCAACCCAAAUGAUAACAUUGACAUAAGAUGACAGAGGCCAAGUAGAAAGCAACGAAAACUGAAUCAAGUUCCAGUACCAUUACCAUGGCAUUGGCAGGACUAAGCUGCUUUCAAUUUUCCAUCUUGCUUCUCCUUUCGAGUCUUAUCUCCCCAACAAGUUGCCUUAGCCAUCAUCAAAACAACAAACAUGCCGCCCUCUUCAUUUUUGGUGAUUCCCUUUUCGAUCCAGGAAACAAUAACUACAUCAACACUAACACCACUUUCCAGGCAAAUUUUUGGCCAUAUGGUGAAUCUUUCUUCAAGUACCCCACUGGAAGGUUUUGCGAUGGCCGUCUCAUCCCCGACUUUAUCGCUGAGUACGCCAAGCUGCCACUAAUUCAACCAUAUCUCCAGCAGCCUGCUGGUUAUCAACAAUUUGUUUAUGGGGCAAACUUUGCAUCUAGCGGAGCUGGUGCUUUAGCUGAAACUUUUCCAGGAAUGGUGAUUGACCUUAAAACACAGCUGAGCUAUUUCAAAAUCGUAGUGAAGCAACUGAGGCAAAAUCUAGGGGACGGGGAAGCAAAGCAACUGUUGUCUAAUGCCGUAUACUUGUUUAGCAUAGGGAGCAACGAUUAUGGAAACACCUUAUCGACAAACUCCAGCUUCUUUCAUUCAAAUUCACAAGAUGAAUACGUCAAAAUUGUGAUCGGUAACUCAACAGCUGUGAUACAGGACAUUUAUAUGAACGGAGGGCGAAAAUUCGGGUUUGUUAGCUUGGGGCCUUUGGGUUCUUUGCCAGGAAUUAGAGCACUCGAGCCUGAAAAUAAUAGUGAAGUCAUGACAGAAAUCACACAUUUAUUGAAACUACAUAACAAGGCACUUUCCAAAACCCUCAGAAACCUAGAGACACAAUUGAAAGGGUUCAUGUAUUCUAAUUUCAAUUUCUACACUGCAGCGAGUGAAAGAAUAAAUAAUCCAUCAAAAUAUGGUUUCAAGGAAGUCAAGACAGCGUGCUGUGGCACUGGUCCUUACCGCGGAAUUCCUAGUUGUGGAGGAAAGAGAGGACUAACAGAGUUUGAGUUAUGCAAGAAUGCGAGUGAGUAUAUGUUCUUUGACUCAACUCAUCCCACUGAAAUGGCCAACCAGCAAUUCGCAGAGCUAAUGUGGAGUGGCAUUCCCAAUGUCACUGGACCUUACAAUCUUAAAUCACUCUUUGAACGGACACACUAG